AUGGCCUUCUGCUCCCGCCGCGCCGCCUCCACCCUCCUCCGCACCACCGCUCCCGCUCUUCCGCGCCGCAGCUUCCAGACGUCGGCGCGCCUGCUCGACGCGCAAGCGGCUGCUCUGCCGCAGAAGAAGCCGGUUGGCGCGUUCAGAGCGACCAUCUUCGGCUUCCUGACGGGCUCCGUCACAGCCGGCGCCGGAAUGUACUACUAUGUCAUGGACGAGUACAAGGUCGCGAACCAGCUGCUUCAAGAGGACAUCUACGCCCUGCAGUCUGCCGUACAGAGGAUAGAAAGCUACGUCCGAGUCAUGGAGAGCAAGGUGGAGAAGUCGUUCAAGAAAUAA